UCCUUCCAUCUUCUUUCCGCUCUAUUCUCCGUUGGGAUAUAAAGAGGAAGGGAGAGACAGAGGAAGGAGAGAGAAGGGUAGAGUGAAGCUCAAAGGAGAGAACAAUGGCGACCGAGGAACUCCGCCGAGUGGCUCCCGAUGCGGCACGCCGCUUCGUAGAGGGCGUCCUCGUUGGCAAUGGCACCUCGAAGGCAGACGCUGAAAUCGUGGCCAGAUGCUUGGUCGAGGCAGACCUGCACGGCGUCGACACCCAUGGAACCAAUCGGAUCCCUUCUUACAUGGAGAGAGUGCGACAGGGUGUGCUGGACCCCAAGGCCAACAUCGAAGUCAAGCAGAUCACGCCCGUCGUCCAUCAGGUCAAUGCAAACAAUGGCUUUGGCUUCCUGGCGGCGACAAAGGCCAUGUCGGCCUGCAUCGAGUCAGCCAAGGUCUUUGGCAUCGGCAUGGCCUCGGUCAAGCACUCUAACCACUUUGGAAUGAGCGCCAGCUUCGUCCGACAGGCGAAUAGGGCGGGCUAUAUGAGUCUCGUCUUUACCAAUUCUUCCCCUGCUUUGCCCGUGUGGGGCGGCAAGUCGAAGCUCAUGGGCGUCUCGCCCAUCGCUUGUGGUGCGCCGGGGGGAGACAAGGGUAUCGACUUUGUGCUCGACAUGGCUCCCUCUGUGGCCGCUCGCGGCAAAAUCUACAAGGCCAAGCGGCGAAACGAGCAGAUUCCCGACGACUGGGCGAUUGAUGCCGAGGGAAAACCCACGACGGACCCAGCGGCUGCGCUCGAGGGCUCCAUGCUGCCCAUGGGUGGGCCAAAGGGGUCGGCACUCUCGAUCAUGAUGGACGUCUUCAGCGGCGUGCUGUCUGGCUCAGCCUUUGCGGGACACGUCACAAGCCCGUACCACCCGAGAAAGGCGGCCGACGUGGGCCACUUUCUCGUCGCCAUCAAGCCUGAUCUCUUCAUGUCCCUCGACGAAUUCAAGGAGCGACUCGACUACCUCUACCAGCGCGUCGUGGGCUCUGACAGGAGGCCGGACACGCAGCGCAUCUACUUCCCAGGCGAGAUCGAGGCCGAGGAGGCCAAGAAGCGGGAAAAGAACGGCAUCACUUGGACACAAGCCGAGAUUGAUGUCCUCAACCAGGAGGCAGACAAGGCUGGCUCACCGCAUCUGGUGCUACUCUGAAAUUAGUCUCUUGUAAAAGGAGUGCCUCAUCUUGACGAAUGCAAAAUGUUUUCCUGUC